AUGGAUAACUAUACUAUGAUAUGGCAACUAGAAGGACAUCACUAUGAUGUAAUAGUUUGUGACUUUUCUGCUGAUGGAGCAUUACUGGCUACUACAUCUUAUGAUACCCAAAUGUGUAUUUGGGAUCCUGUUAUCAAUCCACAUAAUGGAGACAUUCUGAUGGAAUUUGGUCACAAGUUUCUUCCGCCUACUCCAAUAUUUGCUGGAGGAACAAAUGACCAAUGUGUACAAUCUGUAUCUUUUAGUCAUGAUGGACAGCAUAUUGCAAGGCUUACUGAUGACAAAAUGGUGAGGUUCUGGAGAAUUGAUGAGGAUUAUCUGGUACAAGUUGCACUUUUGAGCAAUUGUCUUUGCUGUGCCUUUGCUACUGAUGGCAGUGUUUCAGCUGCUGGGACACAGGAUGGAAGUGUCUAUUUUGGGGCCAAUGCAAGGCAAGUCCCUCGCCUUCAACAUUUAUGUGGAAUGUCAAUCUGA